AUGACUUCACGGACUUCACGGACUUCACGUCGCCAAAGCAAAGAAACUAAUUCACCAGAUGAUACUACUGCGGGCGCAAGUGAUGGUGUGGAUAUCCCACGUCCGUGGUCACUUCCCCCAGUGAUUAUAUAUUAUCCAGAGUUUGACCAUCAGAGUUUAUGGUGGAUUUAUCUUCCAAUAUCCAGUUUGGGUAAAGAUUAUGACUUUCCGAAUUAUCCAAAACACCAACUUAUCGCUCUUUAUUUUGCUGAGUUCUUCAUGCGUAUGCCCGUUAUUCUUUAUUAUUUAUUGAAAAAUCCGAGAGAAUCUUUUCUUUACACUGCUUUUCAAAAUCCGAAAUCUGUGGCCUUUAGGAUUGUGGCUUUCCUAAUAUCUCCACCUAGUGAGUAA